CCGAGUGCGCAGUCUCGCUCCGAAUUGGCUGAUGUGGGUUUAAGGGGAGCAACCGUGCACGCCCACACGCGCGCCCUCCAGUCCCCGAGUCGGCAUGACGUAACCACGCAGCGUGGGUCACCUGGAUUAAAGAGCGCACAAAAUGGGAAGAGGAAUGUAAACUUCAACAGCAAAGGUUCUGGGUCAGACUCGGAUCGAUGGUUAGUGGUCGCCCACAGCAUCCGCGAGGAUAGGAAUCGCGUCCCGGUGCAGCCACCGUACGAACAACAGCCUCUGGCCGAGCCUCUUUUGUGCAUCAGCCAAUCAGGACGUGGCAUCAGUGCUCCGCGAAGCUGCGAUGGCGCCGGUGAAGCUUUGUAUCCCAGGAGAGAGACUGUGCAGUAUAGAAGACAGCACUCCUGGGGAAGGCACCUAUUCCAGACACGGAUACAUUUUUGCGUCUUUAGCUGGAUAUGUGAUGAAGAGAAAUGAUAAUGGAAUGGUGGGUAAGGUGCCCGUUAUAUCAGUGGUUCGGGACUCAGAACCCCAGCUCCUACCGGAAGUUGGUGUUGUUGUAACGUGUAAGGUAACCAGUAUUAACCCACGAUUUGCUAAAGUUCACAUUUUAUACGUACGAUCUACUCCGUUGAAAGGGGCUUUUAAAGGAACCAUCAGGCGAGAAGACAUACGAGCAACAGAAAAGGACAAGAUCGAGGUCUACAAAUGUUUCAGGCCUGGCGAUAUUGUUUUAGCAAAAGUGAUCUCCCUAGGUGACGCUCAGUCCAACUACCUGCUGACGACAGCAGAAAAUGAGCUGGGAGUGGUUGUCGCACACAGCGAAGCAGGUGCACAGAUGGUCCCCAUCAGCUGGUGUGAGAUGCAGUGCCCCAAAUCACAUGGGAAAGAGUUCCGUAAAGUGGCUCGAGUGCAGCCUGAAUUCCUGCACACCUGAGACCAGACACCAACGUCACACUUUAUUGCAGAGGAGUUUUCUAAUGACUGCAGUUUGUAUUCAGAUGGCUUCAAAGGACAGAUGAUUCCUGGAGCCCAAUAUAAAACUGCAGAACUUAGCCCAGCUGGAAAAUGAUGCCAGGACACAUACCAUCUUCUACUAUAUGGCAUCUUCUCAGGGUACUGAGUAAAGUUACAAAUCUUAUACUUUUUAAACAUUAAAUAAAUUAAUAUUUUUCUUUA